AUGAUUGGUACCACCUUGUUGAAGCUGGUGAUCCAGGAACUCAUCAAGUUGUACAUUUUGAAGUCACGAAUAUCCAGUAAUGUUCAACUCCAUCCUUCCAAUGAAAACCUCAUCCAGAGCUUCGUGCUGCAAAAGUACAUCGCUAUCGGCUGCUCGGCUGCUGUGCUAUACUUUUUGGGUGAAAAUACACAUUACUAUCGCCUCGGGUUGCUUCGCAAGGACGAAUCUGUGGGCAUCUCCUGGCGUAACGGUCAAUUCGUUGCUCUCGCUUUGCAGCUCGCGAUUGAGGUGUUUGUCGACUACUUGUCGGUGGUAUUUGAGAUGGCGCUUGGUGUUCAAUUUGCUCAGAUGGAAGAACUCAGUUCUUUCUUCGGCGCAGUAUUUGCAACUAUUGCUUUCCUGAACAUUGUCAUGACUGCCAUGGUGUAUUUAGAUUAA